UUUCUUAGUCUAAGGAGCUUGGAAAGAAAAGCAUCUGGACUUCUUUAAAUUUCUUGAAGAUGUUUCACCUCAUCUGAGAAGCUUCAUCAUUUCUAAGAGGAAAUAGUGGGGAGUCCAAGAUUUGCUCUUAGAACUGAAGAAGCUUUUUUCUGUUACACCCACCCCUCCUCUUUUUUCUCUUCUUCUUCCCUGUAUCCUUUUAGUUUCCCAUAGAAACCGUGGGAUUGCAUCGGGAAGUUUGACCUUUUUCUUCCUCCACCCAGAAAAGCUCUUCACCGUGUCUGCUCCUGUUAAGUGACAAGAUUUCACAUUUAUGCUCUUACGGUGUCUUCAGGGCUGGACUGGGACAAAAAAUCGGCCCGGGCAUUUUGACUAGAGACCGGCCCACCAGUUUACCCAGGUGCUCCAAACCAGCCACCCUAUCCCAUGUCUCAGCCCGGCGGAGGACCCUAUCCAGUUCCUCCUGGAUAUGGACACCCCAGUCAAGCCCCCACACCGGGCUUCAUCAUGGGCUAUUCAGGACAACCUGCGGUCAUGUACCAGCCAGGACCCGUAGGGCCAGCUCCAGGCCCUGAAUACGGUGGCCCACCAGGAGGGAUCUCCCCAGCUCCUGGAGUUCCAGCAGUCGCUGUUGGUGUCCCACCUGGACUCGAGUACCUCACACAGAUUGACCAGAUCCUGAUCCAUCAGAAUGUCGAAGCAUUCACCGGUUUUGAGAAAAACAGACAGUAUGAAAUAAAAAACAUUCUGGGUCAAAAGAUCUACAAGGCCAAAGAGAAGAGUGACUGCUGCACCAGGAACUGUUGUGGCUCUCUGCGCAGCUUUGACAUGACAAUCAAAGACAACAUGGACAGGGAGGUCAUCCGUCUCAUCAGGCCUUUCCGCUGCGUCUCCUGCUGCUGUCCCUGCUGCCUGCAAGAGAUGGAGGUCCAGGCUCCACCUGGGACCACCAUAGGGUACAUCAAACAGGACUGGCACCCUUUCCUGCCAACGUUUUCCAUCCAGGGAGCAAACAAGGAGACACUCAUGAGACUGGAGGGGCCCUACUUUGCCUGCAACUGCUGUGAAGAUCUCAACUUUGAGCUGAAGGGGAAAGAUGGUGGCCCACCCAUUGGUCGCAUCAGCAGGCAGUGGAGCGGCCUUCUGAAGGAAGCCUUCUCUGACACGGAUAACUUUGGCAUCCAGUUCCCGCUGGACUUGGACGUGAAGAUGAAAGCUGUGCUGAUGGGCGCCUGCUUCCUCGUUCCUCACGAUCUAGAUGAACAUUGUUGAUUUUGAAAUAUGUGGCUUGUUGCUGAAUAAAAAAAUGUAAUACUUUUGACGUUGCUUUGCAGGAUUUCAUGUUCUUUGAGAAAGUUGGAGAGGCCAACCAGCGAAGCAAUGUGUUUUCAUAACAGAGGAAACAGGGAAUGUUGGGGGGGAUUUCCUGUUAUUUAACAUGUAAAAAUUUUUUGUUGAUUUUGUUACCAGUCCCAGAAUCUGUUUAUAUACACAUACAACUCAUUGUGAGCGAAUAAAAUCUUGAUUAGAUUUAAUGCUGGAAAUCUCUCCAAAUGCAAAAACUGAAAUGAAGUUUUCAGUGUUUCUUUACAGUCUGUAGAUGUUUCACCUCUUUUUAAGCACAUCACUGUAUUCGUAGCAAACACUUUACACUACCAAAGAAAAUUAAACUUAGAAACGGGUUUGUACACGCA